UCAGACGUCGACGCUUGUUUGGCUAAUCCGUGUGACGCCCGGGCCACCUGUACGGAUAAUCCCCCUCCUGCCCUUAAUGCGACUUGUACCUGCUAUCCCUGGUAUACGGGAGAUGGUCUUGUUAACGGAACCGGAUGUUCAGUAACAACCGCGCCUCCAAAGCUGAUGCACCGAGUCCUGCACGGUGUUCACGAACAUUUGGAGCUGUUUUCCACAAAUGACAGCGCUACCAGGGCAGACUGGGAAAAGUGGAGAACAGGGAAGGCCGUUCCACGGGAUUAUGAGAAGGAAAGCAGUCCGUCAACGAGAGAUGGUAACGUCGAGGUGAUUUACACUGUGGCUGUUCUUGAAGUCGGGCCGCUUUCUGAAGCAGACUCGAAUAUGACGGUGACAGUUGAAUACUCCAUGGCCUGGGUUGACGAUCGGCUCGCAGAGCUGACAAGUCAUGUGACUCCGGUCUCCAGUGCCCUCCUGUGGGUGCCCCCAGUCGCCUUCGGAAAAACCGUGCGAAGGGUCGCGCACAUCAAAGAUGACAAGAAGGACAAUAGCACCAUAAAUAUGUGGCUUCAGCGACAAGGAAUCAUGUUCUAUAAACUCACAAGAAAGCUGGAGUUGGUUUGUCCACCAAGUCUAGAAGAAUACCCAUUUGACGACCAUAAAUGCAGCAUUGAGCUCCAUGGCUGUGAGUGA